AUGUCAGGUUCCGGCGACGCACAGCUCUUCGACGAGCACUUCACGGUCAAUGAAUUGGACCACAAGAAAUAUGUACGCGUCGGACGCAUCAAGGCGACAUCCACGGUCGACCAUUCCGUUUCCAUGCUCUUGGAUAUUAACACGGAGUUAUAUCCACUCGCCGUGGGCGACAACAUUCGCGUGGUGAUUGCGACGUCGCUUUCGUUGGAUGGCACUAAGGAUAAUGAAAAGGGCUGGAGAGAUGCUAAUCGCAUGGGCAUGGGGGGUGAGGCGACGUUGGCUGAUAUGUUUGAUUAUGUGUGUCAUGGCAAGAUUUACAAGUUUGAGGAUUCGGAAAAUAGUGAUUUGAUUAAAGCAUAUAUCUCCUUUGGAGGUUUGUUAAUGGCAUUGGAGGGUCCUUAUAAGAAGCUUACGCCUCUGAGAGUCGACUAUGUCUAUCUUCUCAUCAAGAAAUAG